UUUUCUUCAAAAAUUAAUUGAAGAGACUAAUGAUUUUGAAUAUUUUGUUCAAAAAAUAGCUGGAGUAUAUAAUGUAUCAGCUGAUGAAGUUAAAGUAUAUCAAAACAAUAAUCGUAUUGAUAUUACUGUGAAACAUAUCGAUUCAAAACAAGAAAAACAUUUUAUUAAUCUUAUUUAUGAUAAUGUAAAAAUAAGUGUUCAUUUUGGAUUUCUUCUUAGAAAAGAUUUUCGCU